CGGCACGUCUUGCCUGAUAAGCACAAGUAAACAGUGUUCAGCAGUCAGCGUUCGCUAUAGCAUCAGACGAUCAGUAUAACUUCCCACGAUCACUAGAGCAUUCCGCGAUCUCAAUUUCUCAAGAUUAUCGCAGCAUCCCUCGAAAGCUACAGUAACACAAGUACAGCAUCCCAUUAUGGACUACAGACGAUUCUUCUCCCAGGUGGCCCUCCGUCGCGACCUCAGCGAUUUGAUAGCGUUAAGAAAUAAAAUCGCUGUAAGGGAGACACCCGUAAUUUUGCUGAGUUGGGGACUUCCAAACCCUUCCCUCUUUCCUAUCCAGGAUGCCACAGUCACCCUCAAGAACGGAGAGAAACUCAUUAUCGACAAAGAACUCAUGGUCAAGGUUCUUCAGUACAUAUCCACCGCAGGGUUCCCUCCGCUGGUGCAGCAGUUGAAGCAGCUGACUGAAGAUCUUCACCAGCCUCCGAGAAUGUGUGAGACAGAAGUUGUGGUGACGAUGGGCAGUAUCAAUGCCCUCUCCAUUGCUGCAGACAUGUUGCUCAACCCAGGAGACCCCAUCAUUGUUCAGGAACCAGUCUUCACUGGGGUAUUAACUGCGUUGCUUCCAUAUGGCCCUAAGAUCAUACCCGCAGUUAAUGAUGAUGAGGGCAUUGUGCCCUCUCUCCUGCGUGAUACCCUGGUUAGGUGUGGUGACUGUCCAGCCAAGGUGAUGUACGUGAACCCGACGGGGAACAACCCAACGGGAGUAAGUAUGAGCGAGGCCAGACUUCGUGAGAUCUACGACAUCGCCUGUGAGUACAACAUCAUCAUCCUCGAGGACGACCCUUACUACUUUAUAAACUUCGUAGAGGAUCUGCCGACAAGCUUCCUGAAGCUGGAUACUGAAGGCCGCGUCCUGCGCUUCGACUCUUUUUCCAAGACCGUGAGCGCCGGAAUACGGCUAGGAUACGUUACAGGUCCUCAACCUCUGAUUGAUAUUAUGACAGCGGAUAUUAUGUCCUCUGUUCUUCACACCCCUAACUUUUCUCAGGUGAUAGUGAGUGAGUUGCUGAAUAAGUGGGGCCACCAGGGAUACCUGAAUCACGUGUACAGCUUACGUGAAGAGUACCGCAAAAAGCGUGAUGUUAUGCAGAAGGCUGCGGAAAAGCACCUCGCAGGAUUGUGCGAGUGGAAACUACCUAGCGGAGGAAUGUUUUUCUGGAUCAAGGUAUUGGGGCUGAAGGACUCACGGAGGCUGAUAAAUGAGUCAGCAGUCAGGGUUGGUGUGGUAGCGAUGCCUGGCUCAUGCUUCAUGAUCAGGAAGGAAGAACCUUGUCCCUAUAUCAGGGUCACCUACUCCGUCGCCUCCCCGGAAGAGGUGAACAAGAACUGCACAUCUGAGUGCCCGAGGCCACUCAAAGCCACAUGGAUCACGAAGCCACGUGGAUCAGCAAGCCAUGUGGAUCAGCAAGCCACGCAGAUCAGCAAACCAUGCGGAUCAGCAAGUCACGUGGAUCAGCAAGCCAUGUGGAUCAGCAAGCCACGUGGAUCAGCAAGCCAUGUAGAUCAGCAAGCCAUGUAGAUCACGAUGCCACGUGGAUCCCGAUGCCACGUGGGGUGUGGCCGAUGUCAUGCAGAUCUACUAUCCACAUGGGUUACCAAGCCAGAUGUCCCAGGCCACAUGCUGUGGUCUGUUGCCCACUUCACGACGUCACCCACGAUGCUGCCCGACUUCAUGACGUCACAAUGUUCUGCCUGACGUCACCUCGAGAUGUCUUCUGACGUCACAGUACUGCUGACGUCACCUCGCGACGUCAUGCCUGACAUCAUAUGAUGUCACAUUGAGUGUUUAAGUAAUUAUUUCAGUAUUGUCGAGAAGAUUGAGAGAAGAUAUAUAUCAUGUGUUAAUGAAUUCCUCUCAGUCUUCUCACAUGUUACUGUAUAGCUUAGUGUCAGUUUUGUGCACAGAAAAGCAUCAUUUGCUAGUUUAAGCCAUGUUGUAAUGCAUGUAAUGCGGGUGUGUGUAAAGUUUGCCAUGUGUCCAGCGAGGUCUGCGGUCAGUCCCCUGUGUAGCACCUUGUGUUAGUCACCCGGUGUGACCAGCAUGUUUGACAGCUGAUAUCAGUCAGUCUGGGACCUAGCCUCCUUGUACAGAAAGCUCUUAUGCUCGUCUCUCAUAGAUGUUCUGCAGAAUCGUACCUGCUAAGAUUCCCAUCGAGAUUUGUUUCACUUCACCUCCAGACCUUCAGAGCGCAGUUAUAUGUAGAGAAACAAGUCUGGGGACGCUUAGACUAACCUCUGCUAUAAAUCCAACUGCCGAGAGAAUGACACUCAUCAAGCCGCAGUUAGCCCUGUCGGCAGGCGCUGCGUCAGCCUCGUGUCAUAGCUUCAGUGAGCAGCCUGCACGAAGAUGAUGUCACUUUGACUGCUACCUCGCUCACUGCAAUCUGGUGUAUGAUGUUACGACUCCCAGAUAUUUUGCCCAGUCGUCUCUACCACGACUCGCUCCACGACUCACUCCAUGCUCGCUGGCAGUGACAGCUCAGCGACAGUACCAGUCGAGAAGUGUCCUCCUGAGUCACUUGCCAGAAGUCCUGCCAGUUGCCGAGUUUUGACGACGCCUCACUUGAGGGCACCAGCAUGUCAUGACCCAGGUAGAGUGAAACCCUGCAGCAACCCCUACGAUGACUGCUUCACCGUUCCAGAGGAGACCGUAACCAGUUAUGUCACAGCUCAGCCGCAGCGAUGUCUCCUGUGUUGCAGUAUCUGUCCAGAUGCAGGAAGGCGGGCAGUGAUGCCCAUCGACGCUCACUGCCUUUGACCACAAUGUUUAGCACACCCACAUGCUUUUUUCUUCCCUCCCUGUAGGAAGUUUUUUUUCCAUGUCCAUAUGUAUAUAUAUGUUUUUUAUUUUGUGUUCUAUGCCCUGUUCCUACGAGAGAGAGACCAAGUUUUUUUACCACCAGUAUUGUCGCGUCUGCAUAGACAGCCUAUACUGUCUGCCAGCUUAGUUCAUAUUUUGUGCCAUGCUAGUGCUGCUACCUAUAGGCCUAUGCCACUUCAGUAUGCCCAGACCUACCCCUGUCUCAGUCUGGCCGCUCACGUCACUCAGUCAAGAGUCUGACUCCUCUCUCCCUCGUGGGCAUGGCCCCCUCCUGGGCCAUGGGCACACAACACACAAGCCUGUGUACCCACCACAACAUUAUAAAUAAAGUAAAGAAGCCUCCGAA